AUGAAUCCAGCACUCACCCGCCCACUCCUCCGUACAACCACCAAAUCCACAAUCCUACGAUCAUUCUCCGUCGCCCCGUCCGUCAUGGCAGCCGGAGACACAGGCAGCCCCAAGCCGCGGGGCUUCCUCGCCGAGAAGGACCAGUUUCAACGUCGCGAGGCGGCGCAGGAGUUGAUGUAUAUUCGGGAGCAGGAGAAGGAGAAGAUACUCGCGCUGCGAAAGAAGUUGCGUGAGCAGCGGAAACAUAUGGAUGAGCUGGAUAAGCAUCUGGAGGAGCUUACCAAAGAACAAGGCGGCGAGCAGAACUAG